AUGUCAUCAUUUCAAAAUAGUAGUAGUAUUAAUAGUUAUAAUAGUAAUAAAAAUGAAAGAACGAUAUUAUCAAAUUCAAUGUCAUCAUCGACAUUAUCAAUAAAUUCACAAACAUCAGAUUCAAACUUAUCAUUAUCAUCAAUUAAAUCAUCAUCAUCAUUUUCACUUUCAGCACCAUUAUUACCAUCAUUGUCAAUGAUAUCCUCAUCUCCAUCCUCUUCAGCAUCGUCAACGUCAUCAUCAACAUCGACAUCAUCAUUUAUUGGAUCGCCAAAAACGUCAAGUUCAGCAUCAUCAUUAUCAUUGAAAUCAAGUAUCAAUGGUAUCUCAUCAGGAGUUGACAAGAUAUCAUUAUAUUCAAAGGACACACAAUGCACAUUAUCGUGUGAUAUCGAUAGGGAGAGGGAGAUUAGAGAGGCAGAGUUAUUGUUUGACUCAUUGCCAGAGUUGGUAUACUAUGUCACAAAGAUUAAUCAAUGGGGUAAGCAUCAAAAGCGUACACUCAGAUUAACAAGCAAAGGCAUAGAGAAUAUUCGUGGUGAUUUCGUGUCAAGUCUAUAUUCUUACUCUGCCAUUAAAUCCAUCUACAAUAAAGACUCUGAGACAUUUGUUCUCGAAUAUCAUGGUGCAUCCCAUAGUUAUGUAUAUAAAUCAUCAGUAGGUUAUCAAAUCGUUCAAGAGAUCUCUUCAAGAUUAAAACUACGUAGAACAACCGAUAAAAAGAAACACAGUUUCGAUAUAGCAUUAGAUUAUCAAAAGAAAUUAAAAGCAAAAAAUAGACAAUCUGAAAAGGUUUUAUUAAAUUUUGAACAACAACAACAACUUUCUCAAACUAUUAUAGAUUCAAAUAAACAUUUAUCACCAGAUUUAAAUGAAAAUUUAAUUAAAAAUAAUAAUAAUAAUAAUAAUAAUAAUAAUAAUAAUAAUAAUAAUAAUAAUAAUAAUAAUAAUAAUAAUAGUGGUAGUGUUAAUGUUGGUGGUAGUAUUAAUGUUAGUGUUGGUCGUACAAAUAUGAUAACUUCGGGUGAUGACCUUUCAAAUACAUCAGUUUCACCAUCAUCUCCACCAACUAUUGCUGAUAAUUUCGAACAAGAUGAAGAGGAUGCUGAUGAUAAUGUUGAAACUAAAGUUAAAACUGUUAAACGUGCCACUAAAUUAUCACAACUAUUGGGUAAUACAGAGGAACAACGUAUACAAACAGAGGUUGAUAAAAUUAUACUCUCAUCAAGUUCACCAGAAAGAAAAGCCAUUCAACAAUUUAUGUCAAAUUUUAAUGUACUUAUGAAAAAUCCUGCAACCGCAGUAAUGAUCGUACGUCAAUUUAUUGAUACUCAAAAACAAAAUGUAUUAAAUGAAAGAGAUUUACAAUUAUCGAAAUUAUUAGUUAAAAAUGGUUUUGGUGGUGGCAACAAUUCAUUAUCAUCAUCACAAAUUAAUGAUUCAUCACAAGAAGAAAUCUCAUUACCAACUAUCGUUGAAAAGAGUUUAGAGAAGUCAAUUAUAGUUAGAGUACAAAAACAACUCAGUGCUAUUAUAGUGCAACAAGUUGCAAAAGAGGAACUACAACUUCAAGAUUACAUCUCUAAAUUAAUUUCAAAACCACAGGAAUUCUUUGGUAUUAAAGAUGAUUUCAUCUCUGCAAAUUGUUGGAAAUCCGCAGUUUUAGAGUUGAGUUGUUUAGGUAGAUGUGAAAUUCCACAUGAUAAAUUGGAUACAAUUUUAUCUUCUGCAAGAGCAAUUUACAAUUCUCUAAAUUAUGAAAAAAAUUUAAAAAACAAAGAUUAUCAAGAUUAUUUUUUAUCUGCUGAUGAUUUUUUACCUAUUUAUUUAUAUGUUGUAGUAAAUUCGGGUGUAAAAGAUUUAGAAUUUACAAAUCAAUUUUUAUGGCAACUUUCAGAUCCAGAUAGAUUAUGUGGUGAAGGUGGUUAUUAUUUAACAGUUUUUAGUUCAAUUUUAAGUUUAAUCAAAUCUUUAAAUAUGGAAAAUUUCGAAAAAGCAACAAUAAUUGAUGAUUUAAUACCCUCAAUAAAUUUAAAGAGUGAUACUUUAUCAAAUAUUGAAAAUUUAAAUAAUAGUGAUGAAGAUAGUGAUAGUGAUAGUGGUAGUGGUAGUGGUUUUUGUAGUGAUAAUACAUAUGAAAAUAAUAAUAAUAAUAAUAAUAAUAAUAAUAAUAAUAAUAAUAAUAAUAAUAAUAAUAAUAAUAAUAAUAAUAAUAAUAAUAAUAAUAAUAAUAAUAAUAAUAAUAAUAAUAAUAAUAAUAAUAAUAAUAAUAAUAAUAAUAAUAAUAAUAAUAAUAAUAAUGGCAAUGAUUUAAGUGAAACAGAAGCCAAAAGAUUAAAAGGUCGGUCACAAUUAGGUUCAAGUUGGCACGGUGCUACAAUUUCAAAUAAAAAAAGAACCCAAAGUUUUAAUUUAGGAAAAGAUAAGAGUCUAUCUUAA